AUGAUCGGGUUGCGAAAACAAGGUCAAACAACAACGAAAGGAGACCGCGGCAGUACAAAAGGCCACACUAUCAUGAUCUUCAAACCUUCGAUAGAACAUCAAACAAUGUUUCAGUUUCUUCUCGCAUCUACACUGUUUCAGCAGUUAAGUCGUAUCGAGGCUGAGCUGAUCAAGUUUCCCUUCGGGCACGUUCCGGGCUGUUCUAGCAGAACGCUAGCGGUGGGGCAUUCAUUGUCAAUUCUAUCCAACCCAAGUCUCCCUGGACCUGUUUGUGAUGAUGAUGCUAUGCAGCGUACUCGGAUAAAUUCCUUUUUCUUCGCUUAUUUUGCACCAUUGUGGAAGAUGCGUCUCACAGAAGCCAAGCUGGCCUCGCGCGUUUUUACUGCUCUCGGACUUAGUCAUGGCAUGAUUGGAGUUCGGUUACUCAUCGACAUUUUCUGUUUCGCGCUCUCCCCUCAUGAUUGA